ACGCCUUCUCCUGCACCUCAACAAGGGCCCCUCCACACCACACACAUGGCCUGCUACGACCUCUGCCGCCCCUGCGGACCCACCCCGCUGGCCAACAGCUGCAACGAGCCCUGUGUCAGGCAGUGUGAGGACUCCCGCGUCGUCAUCCAGCCUUCCACCGUGCUGGUCACCCUGCCAGGACCCAUCCUCAGCUCCUUCCCCCAGAGCACCGCCGUCGGAUCCUCCUCAUCCGCUGCCGUGGGCAACGUCCUGGGUGCCCAGGGAGUGCCUGUCUCCUCUGGGGGCUUCGGCUACGGCCUUGGCAACGGCUUCGGAGGCCUGGGCUGCUACAGUGGUGGAAGAGGCUGCAACAUCUGCUAAGGGCUCUUGACAACACGCAUGGAACCUCUCACGUACAUUCUAGAAGCAAAGACAUGGACUGAGGAUGCAUGUCUGCGUUAAUGCUGGCACACCAGUUCACCUUCUGCAGCUCCUUCUG